CCGACAUCCCGAGCUCCGAUGCUGGAUCAGACCAGACGUCAAAACCAUUCGUCCGCCAUUGUUGUGCGCUUCCCAAUGCCAUUGCGCAUCGCCCACUCUUUGCGAUGCGCUUCUCUUCUUCCGUCUGCAGGUUUCAUAAUGCGGUGAUCCAUCCGCCACAACGAGGCCUCCGUUCGCAUCUCCUCUCGCACCGCCAGCUCUCGAGACGUAGCAGCUAUGCCACUGCCAGCACAAGCUCGUCGGUGUCGCCUGACGCGAAGUCUCCUGCUGGCAACACGAAGGCAACGGAUCUGGGCUCUCCAGACCAGCACGUAGCCAUUUUAGGAGGAGGUAUAACGGCUCUCUCGGCAGCGUACUACCUGCUACGCACGCCACAACCGCCCAAAAUCACCAUCUAUGAGAAGUCCCCUCGCAUAGGCGGCUGGCUGCAGUCCAAGUACGUCGACCUUCCUGGUGGUGGGGGGAGCGUUCUGUUUGAGGCUGGGCCUCGCAACGUGCGGCCCGUCAUACCUCUGGGUUUCGCGACGGUCGCGCUAUGGGAGAACAUUGGCCUUGAAGCCAACAUGAUCGUGACGCCGAAGGACAGCAUUGCUGCGAAGAGGCGCUGGCUGUACUAUCCUGACCACCUUGUCGAGCUUCCGAGUCCUUCUCGCGGUCUCCUGGCGAAUCUGUGGACAAUUCUGACAGAGCCGGCGUUCAAAGGCUACAUGCGCGACCUCAUGUACGAGAUGAGCGUGCCGCCUCGGGGCGCCGACGUGGAGGAUGAGAGCGUUGGCGAAUUCAUCUCGCGGAGGGUGAACCGGCGGCUGGUGGAUCAGGUCGCUUCGGCGGUGCUGCAUGGCAUCUAUGCAGGUGAUGCUUGGGAGCUGUCUGCGCGAUCUGUGCUGAGCGAUGCGUGGUGGGCAGAACGGCACAGCGGAAGCGUGUUCAAGGGUGUGAUGGAUAUGCAGCGAGAAGGCUGGAUGAGAAGGCGGCACGCAGAGCUGCUGGAGCAUUUGACGAGGUCACAGCAGCCUAGCGAGGACGUAAUCAGGACAGUGAAGGAUGCGAGCACAGUCACGCUUGACGGUGGGCUGGAAAUGUUCGCUGACAGGCUUCGUCACUGGCUUGAGACCAUAGGAAAUGUGGAGUUCAAGACCAAGACGGAGGUAAAGACGGUGAAAAUGGCAGAUGGUGGCGACGGUAUCGAGCUUACGACGUCUUCUGUUCCCACGCCUCAGAGAUACGACCAGAUCAUCUCGACCAUCCCUUCGAAAACUCUCUCGUACAUUACUCUCUCAGAGAACAACCCUGACUCCUUGUCGUCUCUCGCCCAAACGCCUACGGUUAGCGUCAAUGUUGUUAACCUUUUCUACACCCAGCCUAAUCUUCUUCCCAUCUCUGGCUUUGGCUACCUCAUUCCACAAGCCACGCCUCUAGAAAACAACCCAGAACUAGCUCUUGGCGUCGUCUUCGACUCGGACGUCGUUCCAUUGGGCCAGGACAAGUUGGAAGUGCUGGACACAAGCAGGCCGGAGCAACCACGAGGCACAAAAAUUACCGUCAUGCUGGGCGGUCAUUGGUACAACGCCUUUGAUUCCAUUCCAGAUAAAGAGUUGGCGUUGCAACACGCUAAGUCAGUUGUCAAGCGGCAUUUGGGUAUUAAAGCCGAACCAGCCGUCACUAUGGUGAACCAGCAGCACGACUGUAUUCCUCAAUAUACCGUGGGACACACGCGUCGCCUUCGCUCUGCCCACAGCGAGCUUCUUCGCCGUUUCGGCGGGCGCUUGAAAGUUGCGGGCAGCAGCUACGGCGGCGUUGGCAUCAACGACUGUGUGGUUGCAGGUAUGGAAAUUGCGGGUCUCGCUGCCGGUAAAAAGGAGAACUGGCAGAACAAGACUGGACUCGAGUGGGCCGAGAGCGGUGCCGACAUGGAUUACAUACGCGGUCCGGCUUAUUUUGCUGAGAGAGGAAUCGGAGGCUUCGCCGCCGCAGGCUCAGGCCCGCAGAAUUGAAAAGAGCAAUGUUCUAUCAGCAAGAUCGAGGAAGAAAAACCUGUCUUAUAGAUAACGAAGCGUGAAAGGCGGUUGUGUCUUUGUACAAGACGUCCAUGAGCCAACCGGAUUCUAGUGCCCAUGAGGAAGGAUGUCAAACGGGCAUCAACUUUUCUUAACCAGUUGCCUCCAAAGGCGGAAUGUAGCAAUAGUAUUGUGCUCAAAAAUAGACUUCAGAUAUCAUUUGACAUACGAAAGGUGAAGAUGUCGAUUGCGUUGCUGUAAAGUCAGAAUGAGGACACCAUAUGC